UUUAGUGGUUAGACUGCAUUUUCCAGAGACAGUCGCGGGAUGUAAGAACUGUUUAUGUGAAUCUGUUAUAAUUUCGGUGAAAUUUGUACAUAUUUUUUAUAAAAAUGGAAAAGACGCAAGAAAUCAAAGCACCGAAAGAAUGCUGUUCGACGAGAGACGUGCUUUGGUACUUGGUAUUCACGGGCUUCGCAGUGAACUAUAUGAUCCGCAUCAACCUAAACAUAGCUAUCGUAUCGAUGAUCGCACAACGCCCCAAGAACAACAUAUCCCUCACUGGUAAAUCCACAGCUGAACAACUCUAUCUGGAAAAUGGAACCUUGACAAGUAACGUCUACAUUGUAAAUUCCACAAACGCAUCGUUUAAUGGUACCAUGAACGUGAUAACACGAUGGAACGCCACUACUAUAGACGCAGGAAACUGGAGCGACUCCGCCACUACGCCUUCUGUGGUCGAAAACAACGUUACAGAACAACCAGACAGCAAACCUCUGUUCAAAUUCGAAUCUCGUAAAUUCGACUGGAACGAGAAGCAACAAGGAACCAUCUUGGGCAGCUUCUUCUGGUUGCACUGGACCACGCAGAUCCCUGGGGGUUUACUGGCCUCAAGGUACGGAGCUAAACUGGUUUUCGGACUAUCCAACUGCAUGGGGAUCUUGGUCUGCUUCCUGAUACCGUUCUGCGCGUACAAGGGCGCGGGAUUCUUGAUAUUUGCAAGGGUCUGUCAAGGGCUGCUGACGGGAUUCGCAUGGCCCGCUAUGCAUUGCAUGACCGCGAGGUGGAUCCCCCCCAACGAGAGGAGUAAGUUUGUAACGGCCUACCUGGGUAGUUCAGUAGGGGCCUCUUUAACCUAUCCCAUCUGCGGCUUCAUCAUAGACAGGUGGGGGUGGGAGUUGGUGUUCUACACGUGCGGUGUGAUGGGAAUGCUCUGGUUCUUCGCUUGGGGCACUCUGGUGUACGACAGUCCUAACGAGCAUCCAAGAAUAUCAGAGAAAGAAAGAGAAUAUAUUGUGGCCAGUCUGGGGCAGAGUGUAGCGACAGCCAAGGAAACGGCUCCCGUUCCUUGGUUGAAAAUCUUUACCAGCGUCCCGGUGUGGAUGAAUAUAUUAGCCCAGUGGGGUGGGAUAUGGGGACUGUUCACGUUAAUGACACACGCUCCUACUUACUUCAAGUUUAUCCACGGGUGGAACAUUAAAGCGACGGGGCUGCUGUCGGGCAUGCCGCAUCUCCUGCGGAUGCUCUGGGCCUGGGUCUUCUCCCAACUCGGAGAUUAUUUGCUGCGAUCCAAUAAGAUGACAAGGUCGAACGUGAGGAAGCUGGCCACAAUCGCCUGCUGCUUUGUCCAGGGAGUGUUUAUGCUGGCCCUGGCCUAUUCCGGAUGCGAUCGCAACGCUGCUAUAGUCUUCCUCACGCUGGCAGUCGCUUCGCAUGGGGCAGUCUCCACAGGACCCUUGGCAAGUAUCGUGGACAUCAGUCCCAACUACGCAAGUGUAAUUUUUGGAUGCUGUAAUACCAUUGUUGCGAUGGUGGGAUUUCUAACGCCAAUUGUAGUUGGACACCUGACAUUCCAAAACCAAACCGUCCAACAAUGGCAGAAAGUCUUCUGGAUAGCCGCUGUCUUCCUCUUCACCAGUGGGAUUCUCUACACCAUCUUCUCCAGGUCUGAACUGCAGUCUUGGAACUCACCCGAGAAGCAGAACGGACUCCCUGAGACAGAGUUGAUGGUGAUCAAGAAGAAGAAUCAAGUCGAAGACAAUGAAAAGAAUGGGGAAUAUGAAAAGGUCCCUGUAGCUUACAGUGAUCUGAAGGAAAAAUGAGAGCUUUAGCGAAUUAUUUAGUUUAAUUGCUGUAAUAUUUAUUAUUACACUGUUGUAAAUAAAUCUUUACUCUAAU